AUGGGACAGACCCAGGCGGUUGCCGCCGCAGUGGCAGGCGGGACCGUGUUGAUUAGUUCCCUCCUGACUUGGCGCGAAUACUUUCGCCAGCCCCCUCCCAAGCCGCGUGCCCAGCAAGCGCCCCCUCCCAAAACCGCCACGGCUGCCCCAACGCGUGCUGCCGCGGCCCCCGCGGCGGGUGACGACCAGAAUAGCAGCAGUCCUCCCCGUCGAGAGAACGAGCAGCCAGACGCCCACGUGCAAGAUCAGUCCGACGAUCAACUCGAAGAUCAAGGAGGGCACGCUAGCGACGAGGCCCCGGCUCCGGCCCCGGCCCCAGCUUUGACAGAGCCGGCCCCCGAGUCCAGUUUGGCACCAGCCUUGGACAUGUCCACGAUUGAUGAUGCCGAUUACGUCUGGGUUCAGCAAAAUUUGCAGCCCUAUAUGCCCGACAACAAGGACUUUGCCGACUUUUUCCACAUUGCCGUUGCUGGCGCGCAGGGCGUUGGCAAGACGCAGCUGAUGUUGUGGUUGCGUGCGCUCUUCAAGAUGCUCAUGGCCGAGGACCAGGCCGAGAUCUUGUCCUCAUCCGCCGAACCGGCCGAGGCGGCUGAGGAUUCAGAGGAGGCCAAACUGUUGCGUUUCUACGCUCGCCUGAGCCAGUUGCAGGAGAACGACAUGGACCGGCCCAAGCCGGAGAAUGAUAUGCGCCACCCCACUCCCUGGCAGCCCGUGGAAGAGGCUCAAGUCAUGCUCUGGGAUUUACCUGGCGGAGGCGUCGCCCCGUCCAUGGCAGGGGGUGAUGACGCGCUUGAUGUCAGCACCCAAGGCUAUGUCAACUCGAUGCAACUGCAUACCAUGUCCUGCGUCGUGGUCGUGGUCGGCCUUCACGACACCGAGGUUGCGCUCAACGUCGUUAAUGCCUGCCACGAAGACCACGUGCCCCUCGUGCUCGUGCAAACGCACGUCGAUGAGCUUGUGCGUGAUACUCUCAAGAAGGAGGGCCGCCAAGUGGACGCUGAAUCCCUGCAUGCACGCCUCGAGAGCCUGCUGGAAGGCCGCCGCGCCUACCUUCGUCAGACGUACCAGCUCACCGAGCAGGACGCCCUCUUCCUCACCAACCUUACCCCGUACACCGACCCCGAUGUUCACCGCGCCCUGGAUCGUGCCGAGGCCAGUUGUUAUGAACUACCCGCCUGUCUCUCGGCCAUCCUCAACCGCACCCACGAUCGUCAUGCCGAGUCGCGCGACGUGUUGCAUCGCUGGCUCGAUUCGCUGAUCCAAACAGCCGGUUAUCAUCUUGCCUACGUUGCCGGCGUUCGCUCCACCCAUUAA